UACUAGAGUUUUUAAGAGAUAUGGCAUUUGAGUAUUGUGGUAGAAUACUGAUUCAUUUGUGCUAUAUGUGGCUUCUGCUCUCUUCCAUGCUCGUCAAAACUGUGGACGGCCAUGGAUGGAAGAAGCAACUUCCAAAGCCAUGUAAAAAUUUUGUGUUGUACUUUCAUGAUAUACUUUACAAUGGCAAAAAUGCUGAGAAUGCAACUUCUGCACUGGUUGCAGCCCCUCAGGGGGGUAAUCUCACUUCUUUUGCAGAUGCUUUCUGGUUUGGACAUUUGGUUGUGUUUGACGAUCCUAUUACUCUUGACCAUAAUCUGCACUCUCCUCCAGUUGGUAGAGCUCAGGGCUUUUAUUUCUAUGACAUGAAGAAUACAUUCGGUGCCUGGUUUGGGUUUACAUUUGUGCUGAACUCGACAGAUUAUAAGGGCACCAUCACGUUUAAUGGCGCCGACCCAGUGCUGGUGAAGUACAGAGAUAUAUCUGUAGUGGGUGGAACUGGUGAUUUCUUAAUGGCCAGAGGAAUUGCCACCUUUUCCACCGAUGCAAUAGAGGGAGUUGUUUAUUUCCGGGUUAGAGUAAACAUCACACUCUACGAGUGCUACUGAUAAUAACUAUUAACUAAUUGGAGAGUCUUUAUGUAGAGAAUAAUGUGUUUUGGCUGUUUACUUAGAGUGGAAAUUGUAUGUU